AUGGCGACGCCGCGCGCGGUGCCGGCGGUCGAUUUCGUCGACGGUGAUUUCACCCCGAGUCGAAUGCGCGCGGCGGCGGGGACGGUGGGAUCGACGCGCGCGCUGCGGCGCGCGCUGUGCGUGCGCGCGAUCGAGGAUAACGACGGGCGCGAACCGGGAGACUGGCACGCGCUCGCGUGCGAAGCGUUCGAUGACGGUGAUUUCGAGACGUGUUCGUACGCGCUGCGACGGUGCGCGACGUUAGACGGAGGGUACGCGCGCGAUCCGAGGUUUGCGCUGCGUCGAGCGCACUGCGCGCUGCGGUUGGGGGAGGACGAUGUGGUCGAGGCGGUGGACGCGACGCUCGCGGCUACGGAGGCGGCGGGCGAGCGCGUUCCAGAGGACGUCGCCGCGGCGAUCGCGGUGGAUGCGUGCGGAGUGGAGGCGGCGUGGGCGGAGACGGCGAGGAAAGAGGUUCGAAUCGAGACGCUCGCGGCGUUUGAAAGAGCAAAGGGAGUGUUAGAAAAGUAUAGGAACGUUUAG